AUGUUGAAAAUUAUUCAAAAUUUAAGGUUGACACCACUGACUCGUAGAAGUGUAGUCAACAUUAGAUGGUAUAGUGACGGAGAGAGCAGCGACGAUGAAAAGAAGAAAAGUAAAUUUGCAAAGAAAAAAUCCAAUAAUGCACUUAAAAGAUUGAAUGAGCUACUUGAAAGUAUGCCUACUAGUAAGACAUCUGAGAAAGUUCAAGUGAUAACAGCAAAGAAUAAGAGACAGGAAGCAAAAGAUGAGAAAAUGAAUCAAAAAGUUUCAGAAGAUCCAACAGAUCUCAAAUCCAUCACACAAACUAUCGCUCGUAAAAUCGGAGGUAAUGUCCAGCAAACUGAAUCCGAACUAUUGUCAGCACUCUUAGGGACAUCUUUUGAGCAAAAAGGAAGCUUGAGUGAAAUUAUCGGUGGCUUAAAAAUCGAGUCUGAGAAGCCAAAAAGACAAAUUUCAAAGGCUCAAAAUGUAAGAAACAUAAUUGGUCAAGGAAGACAGCAAAGAGACGCUCAAAGAGCACCAAGAGAAAAGUCACAGAAGCAGACAAUAGUCAAUUUAUUUGGUGGCAAGCCAUUGAAUAUUUUCACUGAUUCUGCUGUCGUUCCUGAUCAUUUGGAAACAUGGAGUAAAUUAGAGCAACGAGAGAUGAAGUUAACAGUCACACAUCCACCAAGAAAUUAUUUUGAGAAAAUGAUUUUAUGGACUGAAGAAGGCAAAGUCUGGAAGUUUCCGAUCGACAAUGAGCAAGGGUUAGAAGUAGAAAAGAACACAGAUUUCACCGAGCAUGUCUUGCUUGAGAUGCAUUUAGAAGGCUGGUGUCCAACAAGAGGCCCUGUAAGGCAUUUCAUGGAACUAGUUUGUGUUGGUCUAUCCAAAAAUUGCUUCCUUAGUGCCCAAGAGAAACGAGAUCACAUCAUGUGGUACAAAGAGUAUUUUGAAUCAAAAUCUGAAGUUCUAGGGGAUUUACUAAAGCUAGGCUUAAACGAAAGUGAUCAGCCAAAGCAAAUUGAGUCAAAUGUGUAG